AUGCUUGCGUGUGUAUCUCCUGCAAUAAACUUCUCAUGUUGUUUUUCUCUGGCUUUGUUCUCCUCAACAGCUUUUGAUCAUGAGGAAUAUGUUUUUAAUUUUGCUCAUCCAUUGUUUUUUCACUCUUUCAUUUGCCAGAGAUGUAAACAGUGUUGUCACUACCAUGAUGACCUGAAAAGAAGAACAAAGGAGGACCUUGGACACCUACAUCCAAGAAGCCAGAGCGGGAAAUAUCCCACAGGUCUUCGACAAAAGGCUUUUGUUUUUCCUGAACCAACUGCCAACAGCUAUGUGAUUUUGAAUCCAAGCAAGCCUCUCCAACUUACAGCCUUCACCCUGUGCAUGCGAGUUGCUACAGAAGAGACAGAUGAGACCAUCAUCUUUGCUUACCGCACACAAUAUUAUGAUGAACUUAACUUGUGGAGAGAGCGGAAUGGGACAUAUUCAAUAUAUUUCAGUGGUCCUAGCAUAUACUUUACUAUCCCCCCACUCAACACAUUUUUCACUCACUUAUGUGUGACAUGGGAAUCUAAAUCUGGACUGACUGCUUUCUGGGUAAAUGGAAAAAGAUCUGUAAGAAAAGUUUUCAGAAAGGGACACACAAUCCGUUCUGAAGGAACUGUUAUAAUAGGUCAGGACCCAGACUUAUUUUUGGGUGGUUUUGACAUAAACCAGAGCUUUGUUGGAGAGAUAUCAGAUUUAAACAUGUGGGAUUACAUUCUAACUUCAAAUGAUAUUGCCGCUCUUAGUGAUGGUUAUGAGGUUGCUAAAGGAAACAUUUUUCACUGGAGUGACAUAUCAUAUGAAAUUAAAGGGAAUGUUAUUGUACAGCCUAUAAAUGAUUAUUCUGCAGUAUGAGAAAUCUGUUUCCAGAAGUUUCUGCAAAUGAUAUACUACUUUACAGCAGAUCCAGGGGAAAAAGAGCUCUGCAAAAAUUAUAAUCCUUUUAUUACACACUGUCUUAUAAUCUUACUGAUAAUUAACAACGCUUUCUUUAGGUAUUCAGGGGUUAAUCAACAAUGAUAAAACAUGCCUAAUAUACUGACAUGCACACACACACAUGCAGACAGGCAGACACAAAUACAUACACACACAGUUCCAGUAGGAAUAGGACAAAAGCAAUCAAACAUCCUUUAAAUCAGUAGAGAAGGUUUUCUUCUUUUCAAGGGAUUAGCCUGAAGCUUGACCUUUGGCCUGUAACCUUUGUACUGUUGUGUUUUAUUGCAUAGUCUAAUGCUUCACAUUUGUUUUACUGUGUCCACUUUCUAACUGACUUGGAACUAUAACAUACUGAUUUCUUACUAAAUAAACAAAACUAUUAAUUGCUUUCA